CUUAACAAUAGUAGCGAGCCAGCGAGUUCAUUGAUAGAUAGAGCAAUCAAAGGGCACAAAAAUCUGCUUUUCAAAUUUCUCAGUUUAGAUCUCUAAAAAAGAAAAUGGCUCCUGUUGGUCCCCGAUCCGGUGACGCUAUCUUCGCUAGUGUUGAGCGUGUGAACGCGGAGCUCUUUACAUUAACAUACGGUGCGAUUGUGCGUCAAUUGCUUACGGAUUUAGAGGAGGUUGAGGAAGUUAACAAACAGCUAGAUCAGAUGGGUUAUAAUAUUGGAAUUCGACUAGUUGAUGAGUUCUUAGCCAAAUCUAAUGUCAAUAGAUGUGUUGACUUUAGGGAGACUGCUGAAGUCAUUGCAAAGGUGGGUUUCAAAAUGUUUCUCGGGGUGAGUGCAUCUGUAACCAAUUGGGAUGCUGAUGGGACGUGUUGCAGUAUCAUUUUGGAGGAUAAUCCAUUGGUGGACUUUGUUGAGCUUCCCGAUACAUGUCAAGGCUUAUACUACUGCAAUAUCUUAAGUGGAGUCAUUAGAGGGGCCCUAGAGAUGGUGUCGAUGAAGACUGAAGUGACAUGGGCUCGUGAUAUGCUUCGAGGUGAUGACGCAUAUGAGUUGCAAGUGAAGCUUCUAAAGCAAGUGCCAGAAGAGUACCCAUACAAGGAUGAUGAGUAACUCCUUUCAUGUGUUCUGUAUAAAGUUGAACGACUUCUGAUUUUUCUACCCUUUAAUAUUUCUGUCCAAAUGAUAUAAUUUUAAUACCUUGCCUUAAUCGAAUAUCUGUUCUCAAGAAGCUACAAAUAGAGUUACCUCAAUGAUAGUUACAAAAUCUUAUGAGCA